AAGCGGUGAAUCCUCUGGUUAUCGCUGCCAUCCUGGCCUUGGCGGUGCCGAUUCUGAGACCCUCGGGAGGAGGACUCUUGCGGCUACUGAUUUCUCCCUGGGAGCGGCAUUCUGUGCGGGGAGACGUGUCGGAGUCCCACGCUUGGUGUCCCUGUGCUCUCUAAAAAUGGUUCGCUAUUCACUUGACCCAGAAAACCCCACAAAAUCAUGCAAGUCGAGAGGUUCAAAUCUUCGUGUUCACUUUAAGAACACUCGUGAAACAGCCCAGGCCAUUAAGGGUAUGCAUAUCCGAAAAGCCACCAAGUAUGUGAAGGAUGUCACUUUAAAGAAGCAAUGUGUGCCAUUCCGUCGUUACAAUGGUGGAGUUGGUAGGUGUGCCCAGGCCAAACAGUGGGGCUGGACGCAGGGUCGGUGGCCCAAAAAGAGUGCUGAAUUUUUACUGCACAUGCUCAAAAAUGCAGAGAAUAAUGCUGAACUUAAGGGCUUAGAUGUAGAUUCUCUGGUCCUUGAGCAUAUCCAGGUGAACAAAGCCCCCAAGAUGUGGCGCAGGACUUAUAGAGCUCAUGGUCGGAUCAACCCAUACAUGAGCUCUCCCUGCCACAUUGAGAUGAUCCUUACUGAAAAAGAACAGACUGUUCCUAAACCAGAAGAGGAGGUUGCCCAGAAGAAAAAGAUAUCCCAGAAGAAAUUGAAGAAAUAAAAACUUAUGGCCUGGGAAUAAAUGCUGCAAAAAAUAAAUGCAAAUAAAAGUAAA